UGCCACGUCAGUGGUGUGUUUAGCUUUCAAGCUGUCAAGUGCCUGAAAAAGUUCAGCAGUUCAGCUAUAACUCAAUGGAGGAGGCUUUCUAUGCAUUUUAAAGAAUAAAUUAAGUUUUCUUCCACGUAAACACUAUGAGAUACCCUUUUCUUUUAAUUUUGGCUGUGUACAUAGCCUUUGCAAAUGCCACCGAAUUAACUUUUGAAUUGCCCGAUAACGAGAAACAAUGCUUUUACGAGGACCUAGAGCAAGGAGCAAAGUUUGAUAUAGACUUUCAGGUUAUUGCUGGAGGAAACUAUGAUGUUGACUGUUUUGUGACAGAUCCACUGAAUAAUAUGCUGUAUCAGGAACGAAAAAAGCAAUAUGACAGCUUUUCCCAUACAACAACCAUGAAGGGAGUGUACAAGGUCUGCUUUAGCAACGAGUUUUCAACCUUCUCUCACAAAACUGUUUACCUGGACUUCAGAACUGGAGAGGAUGACAGAUUAAUGCCUGACAUGAACGGAGCGACAGCUCUCACACAGAUGGAGUCAGCCUGCCUGUCUAUCCAUGAGAUCCUGAAAGUGGUUUCAGAUUCUCAGACUUGGUACCGUCUUCGGGAGGCUCAGGACAGAAUCAGGGCUGAAGACCUGAAUGAACGCAUGCAUUUUUGGUCCAUUGGGGAGACCAUCAUCCUGUUUGUGGUCUGUAUUGGCCAGGUGCUUAUGCUUAAGAGCUUCUUCAGUGAGAAGAAAGCCAAUGUUGCCACCAGCACAUAGACCUAGUUUUCUAGUCUGCCGCCUUCUCUCCAUUAAUUAGUCUGAUCCCCUUAAAACAACCUUGACUGAUGCCUACAACCAACCAAAAAUUACAUCUGUGUAAAAAAAAUGCCUUAAAUAUGGAAUAAUGUACUAAAAGCUAUGCAAGAGUUCAUUAUUUUAUGUAGUAUAUUCAAAUUGGCUUCUAUGUGCAUUAUUCACUAUAUCAGUAAUGGAAAUUGACCUGCUGCACCAUUAUGUUACCACAUCUUAAAGUUUUUUGUUUUUACCAGUGGUGUUUUGUUAAAUUUUUUACAUUGUCCACUUUAAGUGUGUGCACUUGUCAACUUUAAAUGCAUAUGUCUUAACAUAUACUUUAUAUAGAAAAGAAAGAAUAGUUUUGGUGGUUUGUGUUUGGGUAAUUAUGGCAAUAUGAUAAUGAAUGCCUGUGUUGAACCUCUAGUUUUCUGUUUAGCAAAGCCCUUUUUGUUUAUCUCACAUUCAAAAGGGAAAAAUCCAUGGUGAAUAAUUUAUAUAUGUAGCUCUGGCAAAAUAUGAAAUGCUUGUUAAAAUUCAUUAUUUUCUAACCCCUUAAUUAUUAUCCUGUCUAAUUGUAAGUGCCAACCGCACACACCACUGCUGAUUUUUUCCCCAACUCUAAGUUACUUUGGGGAUAUGGAACAAGGGCUUGCACUUUUUUUUGGACUGUAACUGAAACAUCAACUUAACGUGCAAUUCAAAAGCUAUUUUAUAAACGUAUUACAUAUUUUUCGGAUAUUUGUUACAAACAAAUCUCAUUUUGUAUACCUCAGCC